AUGUUGUUCUCCUACUUCUUAGAAGAUCUGAGCCGUCUGUUAGAGGUGCCCAUUUGGAGCCCCAAGCUCCAUUAUGGGAUGGAGCUUCUAACCUCCCAGUGCAGGUUGGCGAGGUUAUUGGGAUAUGCGAUACUCAACAAGCUAACUGAAGGAGCUCAAUCGCCUCAACUAGAGAUCGAGGUGGACGAGGCCUUGCCUUUGGAGUUGAAGCAAACAAAGAUGGAUUCUACAAUAAUAAAUACAUUACAUUGGAGCGUCUUUCUACAUCUUGAUGAUGUAGUAGUAACGAAAAGACAGAGGGUUGAACUCCUGACCUGGCAGUGGCUGAGGAUGAAAAGAAAGCCUUUAUUUUGGGAUAUUGGUUCGAGGGUCGAUUUAGGGUUGAAUGGUAAGUAUCGAGCUCGAGCUAUGAUCCACGGACGACCUAACUAUGCUCGAGCUGGGGAAGUUUUGGACAAACAGCUCAAGCUAGGGUCCACGGAUGACCUGACUAUGCCCGAACUGGGGAAGUCUUUGAUGAUUUGCUUAGAUGGCAGCCCAGCAGGUUACCACUUUUUUGAGGGAUUUGGAGAUGGCGCCAAUAGUUGGCUCAUUUAUCUUCCGGGAGGAGCAUGGUGCAGCUCAAAGGAAAACUGCCAAGAGAGAGCACUAACACCUAUUGGGAGCACCAUUAACAUUACAACACAUGAAUUUGCGGGGAUAUUAGGCCCAAAUCAAAUCAUUAAUCCUGAUUUUUACAACUGGAAUAAAGUUUACGUCCGAUAUUGCGAUGGCUCGUCGUUUAUCGGUGAUGUCGAAGCAAUUGAGCCGGGAACCAACCUCCACUAUAGAGGUUCAAGGAUUUUUAGUGCAGUAGUAGAAGAAAUUCUAGCCAAGGGAAUGAAAAAUGCAGAAAAUAUUAUACUUACCGGUAACUCGGCCGGAGGACUAGCGACUAUUUUGAAUUGCGACCGGUUUAGAGCAAUGGUACCAACCGGUGCCCGAACAAAAUGCAUUGCAGAUUCCGGUUUCUUCAUCAUAGCAAAAGAUCUCCCAAAUGCCGAUGAAAGAAUAUCGCAUUAUAAAGACGUAAUUGAACUUCAUGGAGUCGCAAAGUUUCUGCCAUCAUAUUGUACCUCAAGAAUGGCUACCGAAUUAUGUUUUUUCCCCGAGAAUUUGGUUGGAGGUGUUCAGACCCCACUCUUCCUGCUGAAUUCUGCUUUUGAUUAUUAUCAGAUAGCUAAAACCUUGAAGCCUUAUCCUGGGGACGAGGCUGGCUGGGCGAGUUGCACAAAUGAGACACAAACUUGCACGCCUCGUCAUAUUCAUGUCAUAAAGGAUUUUAAGAAUGCAUUCCUCAAGGCAGUGGAAGAUAUUAGUGAUUCACCAUCAAGAGGAUUGUUUAUAAACUCUUGCUACAUUCAUGAUUUCCUUUGGGCAAAUGAUAGAUGGAAUUCAGAUAGGUCACCAAAGUUGGAAAAUAAGAACGUUGCACAGGCCGUCGGCGAUUGGUUCUUUGAUCGGAGUAUUGUCAAAAUGAUUGACACACAAUCAGAUUAUCCAAUUGAAUGUCAUCUAGCUAAUGACAGAUUUUGA